CAAGCCCAUCCAUCGCUUGCACAGCCUCCUCGCAUCCUUUCGCAUCUCGCCAUGUCCAGCCAGGGGCCGCUCCAGGAAAGAGUGGGCUACAAGGCCCCGAAGGAGCUAGUGGAUGACAAUGCCGAGGAUGCGGGCCUGCAGGAGAAGAUCGAGCAAGGCCUUGCCACCGCGAAAGAGAAGGCGGCUGAGAGCUACGCCACUGCCAAGCCUUCAGAGACCAAGGAUGACAAUGCCGAGGAUCAAGGCCUUGCCACCGCGAAAGAGAAGGCGGCUGAGGGCUACGCCGCUGCCAACAAGAAGGUGCAGCAAGUGGCUGAGAAGCCGUCAGAGACCAAGGAUGACAAUGCCGAGGAUGCGGGCCUGCAGGAGAAGAUCGAGAAAGGCCUUGCCACCGCGAAAGAGAAGGCGGCUGAGGGCUACGCCGCUGCCAACAAGAAGGUGCAGCAAGUGGCCGAGAAGCCUUCAGACGAGACACAGAAGCAGGACCCAACUUUCAUGGACAAGGUGCAAGGCGGUCUAUCCGGUGUGAAGGAGAAAAUGGUUCACGGCUAUGAGGCUUUCAAGCACCAGCUGGUCGGUUCGCAAGCUGAGAAGCCCAAUGUGCCUGACGCUAAAGAGAAGGUGAAGCAAGGCAUUGAAGCCGUGAAGCAGACGGGGCCUGUUGAGGCGACCAAGGCUCUCACUGGCGACAAGGAGGAGGGCAAGAGUGGCAAGGUUGGUGGUUCGUGAAGGGCGCGACAAGACCCAAGGUGAGUUUUGAGUGGUUGCCAGUCACUCCGUACAGCUUGAAUUUUACUGCUUCCCUGUACUGAGUCCAUGACUUUUG